AUGGUAUUCACUUAUGUUUGGGCUGGAUGGGAGGGCAUAGCAUAUGAUGCUAGAGUUUUAAGAGAAGUUGCAUUGAACCUAACUUCUGGUUUUCCAUUUCCUACACCAGAAAAAUAUUAUCUUUGUGAUGCUGCAUAUGCCAACACGCGUGGAUUUUUGACUCCAUAUCGCAAUACAAGAUAUUGGCUAGCUGAUUUUCGACGUCGAUGUGCCUUGACCAAAGAAGAAAGAUUCAAUCAUGCCCACGCACAACUCAGAAAUGUUAUCGAAUGUGCUUUGGGUGUAUUGAAAGCAAGAUUCCCAAUUUUGAAGCAAAUGGCCCCUUAUCCUUUUCGCAUACAAAGAAACAUUGUAAUUGCUUGYUUYRCGAUCCACAACUUUAUAAGAAGAUGCAACAUGCAAGAUCAAUUAUUCAUGGAUUACGACAAUAAUCCCAUGGGCAUUACUGAAGCACAAGAACAAAUUGAUGGAGGCGAGGAAGAAGAGAUAAAUGCAACACCUUGGGGGCCCCAAGACAGUGAGUACAUGACUAAUUUGCAUAAUGAGAUUGCAAAUCAACUGGUGUUAAAUGCUUCAAAUUAG